UGAUCCUAGAGAUCCCUAAAUAGCGAUCUGAUGUUUGCAGAACAGUUCCAGUUGAUUUUCCAGUAGCUCAUAAAUAGGUGACUACUUUAAAACCAGUUAAAAAAAAAGCUGCUGUGGUUGAUGCUAUUUUGUGUUGAAAACGGAAAUACCGCUGCUUCUGCUUUUCAGUUUUAGAAAUAGCGAGUUUGACCAACAGUGUGAAACAGGCAUCAGUGAAGCACAGUCUGUUCAGGUCAACUAGCGAGAUUUCCAGUUUGGUUCUCUAAAGACACACAAGAACAUGAUUGCUACGGAAAAGUUGCUACUGAUUUCCUGCCUUUUUCAAGGUAUAAUUUGCAAUACAUUUAAAGCCUUCAUGCCUCAGCGUAUUAAAGCCUUGAGCGGCUCCUGUGUGCUGAUUCCAUGUACAUUCACAAUUGAAGAGAGUUAUGAGAACGAUAUGGUGGAACCGGCCAGAGGAAUUUGGAGGACUUCCCAAUAUUCUGGAAAUGUAUUUGACUCCAGUAGACAUUAUAGCGAGAAUACCCUGAAAGCAGAGCUACUUGGUAACGUGACUAACAAGAAUUGCACCACAAUAAUACAUCAUUUAAAAAAAAAUUAUUCAAAAAGUUAUGUCUUCAGAGCAGAACCUCUUAAAUACACCUUUACUCAGAGUGUUUUGCUUGAAGUUGCAGACUAUCCGGACAGACCAGCGAUCAGCCCAUCGAGUGCAGUGAAGGAGGGAGCUCCUACGAGUUUAGCCUGCACUGCUCCAGCCCCGUGCCCAAGAGAACCUCCAGCCCUGGUGUGGAGCGACACUCUGGAUGGGAGUGUGGAGAUAGAGCAGGUUGAGCAGCAGGAUGGGACCAAGGCUGUAUCUUCUGUUCUGAUGUUCACUACCUCACAUCUGCACCACAACAAGGACAUCACAUGCACUGCGCAGUAUCCAGUGGGGUCUGAAACUAAAAGUGCUGAAGAAGUCUCGACUCUUCAUGUUCUCUAUUCACCGAAGAACACAUUGGUGAUAAUAAACCCUUCUGGUGAAAUACAUGAAGGAGAUCAUGUGACACUGAGCUGCAGCAGCAAUGCAAACCCAGCAGUGAGCCGCUACACCUGGUUUAAAGUGAAGGGAGAUAAUAUCACAGAGAAAAGUGCUGAACAGGAUCUCACUUUUACUGACAUUAACCCGAGUGACAGUGGACUGUACUACUGUGAAGCAAGGAAUGAGCAUGGGGCAGAGAACUCGACAGCCAUGCAGCUGAAUGUAGCAUCUCCUGCAACUCCAUGUAUUUAUGUUGUCAUGGGAACAGCGGCUGUUCAGAUGUUAGCCACCAUUUUGGUUGUUGUAUUCAUAAUGAAAAGGUAUGUCUUUGAAAGCUAAACAUAAAGUAUGUGUGGUUGUUACUUCACAUAUGUAGUUGUCAGUGUACUGUUAACAUAUAUUUUCAUUUUUCAUUUCAUGUGUGUGUAAAGAAAUAGAAAGGUAAGUCUGGAUUUUUUCAUUUGCUCAGUCUUGCUUAAUACUGUGGAACUGGUUCUAUGUUCUAUUAGAAUAUAUGAACUGUUAAAAUACUAGGACAGCAGCUGUCUCUAUACUGUGAACCCCUUUAUAGACUCUUAAGUAAUAUUUGCAUUACAUUUUGUGAUGAGGAACAGCCAGUGAUUCUGUAGUAUUGUAAAGCUUACAGCACAGUUACUUGCCAAUUACAGCUAUGGCCAAAAGUUUAGCAUCACCUAGAAUUUUAGGAUUGAGACAUCAUUAAAAAAAAAAAAAACUACAUGAACAUAAUUUAGAUCUUUUAUUUAACAUCAUGUAAUCAAAUAAACUACAAAAUGAUAUUGCAAAAACUCCACUGGAAGCCAUAAUAGUAGUGCAGUAGUAUUUUAUGUUAGAUUUUGAAAUGUCACAUUUUUGUCAGUUUUCCGUUGAGUAUAUGGCAAACUGCAAAGCGGUAUGUAGUUCAAUAUGUUAACGUAACAUUAUUCAGCAGGUUUCAUUCGACUUCAUGAAGCAAAAUUAGAUCAUUCUAUUGGGCGCUGCAAAACUUUUGCCCAUAGCUGUAUUUUAGUGAUUAAACUCAAAUAAAAACAAAUAGAUUGCAAAUAAAAUGGUGUUGAAAUGGUUUUGAAAUCUUGGGUUGGAUUGUUUCUAUAGGCUGAGCAUCGUGGCAGAGAAAAUAACCCCUUUGGGGCAAUCCAGCUCUCAAACGCCGGUCAGAACUCAAAGGAAGACGCUGAGGGCACUUAUACUGCACUGAACACAUCAGCUGUUUCCUCAGACUAUGAAGAAAUAUGCAAGAAGUAACCAGGAUGGAAAUCUUUGCUCUAAUUGAUAAUGCUGGCGGCUGUUAAAAUGUACUGCCUUCAUUUUGUGAACAGUAAUGCUACUCUUUAGUCCUUCACUGUUUGCUUAGCUUUAAGAUGCUUUAUUGAACUGGAGCUUCAUUUAUGGCAAAAUAAUGCAAUUCUGUUUUAAAGCACAGAUAUAAAAAUGUGCAUCUCCAGUCAAAAUGUAUUUCACACAGUAUUUUUUUUUUUUUUUUUUAUUUCACAAUAUUGUAAAGCCAAAAAGAAGCUUAUUUUUUUGAAUAAUAUAUUUAUGAAUGUAUUUGAAUAUAUUUAGCAAUCAUGACCUGCUACAUAUAUUGCAUCAUCAGUAAGGUGUUCAAUACGGUAGAUAAGUCAUCUACAAUACACUGCACUUUUUAACACAUAUUUUACAAUAUAUUCCAAUGUAUUUUAUAUUUCUUGAGGGGUGAUGUCUUUCUCAGUUUUAAUUUCAAAUAAAUAAUGAAACUUC